AUGGCUGUCCGCAGAGCCAGUGCUGAGAGCAUCACUAGUCUGAAUGAACUAAAGCCAGGGAACCAUAUCAAGGUGAAUCAAGGCCUGUACGACCACCACAUGAUAGUGGUGAAUGUGGUGAGCUACAACACCAUUACAGUCAUCCACAAGAGGAAGCAGCAACUGGCAGUUGUAGAGGAGGACAUUUAUUGUUACACACCAGACAAGAUCAUCCGCAUGGUCUACUAUAGUCCCUACAACCAACAAGAGAUCAUUGAGAGAGCAAGACAGCGUAUCGGUGAAUACUACAACUUGCUCUUUGCCAACUGUGAGCACUUUGCCACGGAGGUGAGGACAGGGACUCCAGUGUCACUCCAGGUGGAAACUAGGAAGCAACAACCGGCAGUGGAGGAGAUUGUUUAUUACACACCGGACAAGAUCAUCCUCCUGGAAUACGGUAGUCCUACAGCCAACAAGAGAUCAUUGAGAGAGCAAGACAAUUAG